UUCUUUUGGGUUCUUUGAGCGACCAAGUUGGUAGCUUUACCUAUUUUUAAUAAAAAAAUUGAAACUUCGGUGAUUAGGUUUUCAUGCAAAUCACAGUUGCGUUUUGGGAAUUAUAGCUUCUUGAGUUCUGAAUAUGAGAACAAAAUUUGAUUCUUUACUUAAUAAGGAAGUAGAAUUAUGCAAAUUUGUUGGCAAGGCUGAUAUUUUUCUUUUGUUUAUGCCUAUGCUUGGGAGUCAUUCUGGGUUUUGAGAAAUUGCAGGGAUAGAUAGUUGAGAAUUUUAAUUUCCUUUUUUUGGGUCUUUAACCAUGGUUACAAAUCAUUGCAUGUUUAGGGGAUUGGAGCGAUUCAGUCUUGAUUCCUUGUUAAUGUGUUAUUUUGGAGCGAUUCCGCCUUUUGGGUUGAAGAAAUGCAGCAAGCAUUGGAUUUUGAAUCUUUUAUAAAGCAUGAUUAAGCUAUCUGACUUAGUGGAGCAUUUUUAGGGCUAGCAGAAAUGGUGAAUGGGGAUGAAAGAACUGCAAGUGAAGAUGGUAAGGGGAGGUUGGAGUUACAAACAUGGUCUGAUCUUCCUCUAGAACUUUUGGAAUUGAUUUUGUCCAAUCUAACUUUUGAGGAUAACGUUCGAGCAUCUGUUGUCUGCAAGAGGUGGCACAAGGUUGCAAUCUCAGUUCGGGUUAUGAACCAAUCACCGUGGCUCAUGUACAUACCGAAAUCUGGUUGCUUGUACGAGUUCUAUGAUCCAUCAGAGCGCAAAAUCCACUCUCUUGAGCUACCAGAGUUGCGUGGAUGCAGGGUUUGUUACACUAAACAGGGUUGGUUGUUGUUAUAUAGACGCAGGAAUCACCUCGUAUUCUUCUUUAAUCCCUUCACUCGGGAGACAAUAAAUCUUCCUAGCUAUGAGUUGGCAUAUGAAAUAAUGGCUUUCUCUUGUACCCCAACAUCGACCAACUGUGUGGUUUUCUCAAUAAAGCACGUCCACCCUACUGUUGUUGCUAUCAGCACAUGUCAUCCCGGGGCAUCGGAAUGGACCAUUGUUAACCACCGGAAUCGCUUGCCGUUUGUUAGUAGCAUUUGGGACAAACCCGUUUUCUGCAGUGGACUCUUUUAUUGUCUUAGUCUCACUGGUUGGUUAGGAGUUUAUGAUCCAGGGAGACGAUAUUGGAAGGUUCUUGCUGUGCCUCCACCAAGAUGCCCUGAGAAUUUUUUCGUCAAAAAUUGGUGGAAAGGAAAAUUUAUGACAGAGCACAACGGAGAUCUCUUAGUCGUCUAUACGUCUCAAAACAAGAACCCCAUGAUAUAUAAACUGUAUCGAUCAGAAUUGGCAUGGAAAGAAAUGGAAAGCCUUCGCGGUGUGACAAUAUUUGCAAGUUUCUUGUCAUCUCUUUCAGGAGCUAAUCUGCCUGGAAUAAUGAGGAACAGUGUGUACUUCUCCAAAUUUCGUUUCUUUGGAAAGCGUUGCAUAUCGUAUUCGUUUGAUGACUGUAGAUACUAUCCCCGUAAACAGCAGUAUGACUGGGGAGAGCAACCUCCCUUUGAGAACAUAUGGAUCGAGCCACCCCGCCAUGCCUUAUCCUCUAUCUGAAAGAAGUUUGUCUCUGGGGGAUUUUGGAGCCUGCAUUAAUGGAGGCGUUGGCUCUUCAACUCAAGUUUCUGUUUAUGGAUGGAUUUUGUUCAGUUGCUGAAAUUGCAGCCAUGUUUUGCUGUAGAAUCUGUCUGAUCUUAGCAUAUCUCAUAGGUUAUAGUAAUCAGUCCAAUACAUCAGAUCAUCUCUCUUUUUGUUCAGUCCAAUACAUUUUUCUUUUCAUUGUUACUUCUCUGACAACGUUAUCAUAGUAAAUCUUGUCAGUUUCAUAUUUUAGUCUAUAAAAGAUGCAUUCUAUGUUCCGAUAA